AUGAGACAACAACAGAUUACUCCGAAGGAACCAUUGAAUUCACCUAUCCAACCCGCAGAUGCCACAGGAACCGAUCCACCAUCUUCGAUGUCCAGUUCCUGCCAACAGAGCCGUCCCGGUACCGAACUCAGAGGAAUAGAGGGGACCUUCCAGUCUGUUAUCUCUGCGCUGAAACCGAGCCCUCUAAUCUUGGAAUGCAGCUGCAACCGGGACGCACUGUGGAAAGCAACAUGGAAGCCCCCGGUUCCUCUGCCUCCAGUCGCGCCUAUUGCAGCCAGCGCUCAUCACAGUCGUCUCGGUCCUGACGGCAGACGGGGAUUGGGGGUCUUCCAACCGACUUCAGCAGGCGAGUUUAACUUUGAUUCAUCACACUCGAUGCCUGAUACCGCUUCGCAUUCUAGCUGCACUCCCAGCACUUCGAGCUGCACAUCAACAAUACGAUCAACAAGCUGCCUGCUCUCUACCCGCCACCAGGAGGUCAACGUGUACUACCAGAACAUCGGCGGUAUGAACAGCGUUGUCGAUGAUAUCCGCGUUGCUGUCUCGGAUCUUUGCUAUGAUAUCAUAGUUCUUACGGAGACUUGGCUGGAUUCGCGCACACUUUCUCGUCAGGUGUUCGGAAAUAACUACGAGGUUUUCCGUUGUGAUAGGAACGCCGAAAAUAGUCGUAAAUCUACUGGUGGGGGCGUUCUCGUGGCUGUCAAUUCUAAAUUUCAAGCUAGAACAUUAGAGGAUGACGCCUAUUUGAGCCUGAAACAGGUUUGGACAGCGAUCAAAUUGGGCGAUCGUAAGCUAUUUCUCUGCGCUUUAUACAUACCUCCGGAUCGAGUCCACGAGCGUGAAUUGAUUGUUGCCCACUGCCGUUCAGUCUUCUCAGUACUGGAAACCGCAAAAGCAACAGACGAAGUUAUGGUGUUCGGCGAUUUUAAUCUUCCUCGGAUUUCAUGGAGAGAAUAUCGAGACGGGUUUUUCUUUCCGGACUUGGAUCACUCGAGUAUCCAUCCGAACGCUGCUUCACUUUUGGAUUGUUAUAGCUCAGCCACACUCACCCAAAUCAAUCAUAUUACUAACCAGAACAACCGCAUCUUAGACCUCUGCUUUGUGAGCGCCCAGGAUACGGCCCCAUAUUUGUGCGAAGCCCCUGCUCCAUUAGUAAAAAUAGUCCCCCACCACCCACCUUUAUUAGUAACCAUUAAUGCCGAUCUGAAACGUGAUCUUGACACUGCAUCCGCUACCGUAUCUUACGACUUCCGCAUUGCCGACCACCAGAGUAUCGCCGAGUUUUUCUCCGAGCUCGACUGGAACUCUAUUCUAGACUCCGUCAAUGCCGAAAACGCCGCUCAAACUCUCUCCAACGUAUUGGCCUAUGCCAUCGACCGAUACGUUCCAAAGAAGAUCCAACAUCCCGCGCCCCGACAGCCGUGGCUAACGAGAGAACUUCGACAGCUGAAAUCUGAAAAGAGAGCUGCCUUGAAGAAAUUCACUAAGCACCGUUCACUAUCCCUAAAACGCCAUUAUGUGAGAAUCAACCACACAUACAAAAGUGUUGCGAAACGAUGCUUUCUUCGUUAUCAACAAGAUCUACAGAGGAAGCUCAAGUCUCAUCCCAAGCAGUUUUGGAAGUUCGUCAAUCAACAGCGACAUGAAGAAGGAAUACCAUCCUCUAUGACAUUUAACGGUAAGGAGGCAACCACCUCGCAAGACAUCUGUCAGCUUUUCUCAAAGAAAUUCGCCAGUGUGUUCACUGAUGAGACACUAAGCGAUCACCACGUUGAACGUGCCGCCAGUAAUACCCCACGAUCCGGUCAAGCUUUGAGCACCAUUCAUUUAGACGCGACAAUGAUUUCCAGAGCCUGCAGCAAACUUAAAUCAUCCCUAAACCCGGGUCCUGACGGGAUUCCGUCGAAGUUUCUGAAAACGCAGAUUGCUAACCUGAUUUCUCCGCUUCAGCAUGUCUUCCAGCUAUCUGUCACUUCCGGUAUUUUCCCGUCAUGCUGGAAAUUUGCUUACAUGUUUCCAGUACACAAGAAGGGAAAAAACACGAUGUGA